UCUUUGUGUGUAGGGCGGGUUGGAGAGUGUGGAUGUGGCUGGAGCCUCGUCAGGAUUCAUCCUCUUCCCAUAAAUGGGGUUGUUUGCGAAAGUUGCUGGAAGCCUAGAGGCAACUUAACAUGAACCACAUUGAGGGGGGUGGGAUCUUCUCAUCAUAAAAAGGGAGCGAACAGAGAGGGAAAGGCAGCGCACAUCUGGAGCUGGGAGGCGAGGAGCUGAAUCUACGAGCGAAUCACCAAAGAGAAAGAGUCCUGGAAAAGCGAGAGAGAAUUCAACUCCCCGGAGUCUUAUAGUCCCCGAAAACAAGGCAGGAAGUUUCAUUAAUUUCAGCAAGUCCCGGAACAGGAGGUCAGUCCGACUCAAAGCCUCUCCAUUUGAGAGAGUAUUUUCGGAGCAGCUUCUCGCUGGGUUCCUUUGCAUGUUACAGUCGAUGGAAGAGCAGCCUGCCCACCGCAUCUCAAACUCACCGGGACCAUCCGCUCUUUACCCCUCUCUUUAUCCUCUUCCUCCCGGAGAGUUCCGCAGCUGUUGCUCCGCCUGAAUUUGGACAUUUCCCCUUUUCCUUCCUGUCUUAAUCCUAGUUUUUGUUUUGGACUGAGAAUUUGUUCCGUCUCCAACCUUGAUUUGGUGGAGGGCUCCUGGUGAUACAGCUCAAUGGAGAUGCUUCGACGCUCCUCCGUCUUUGCUGCUGAAGUAAUGGAAGUUUUUGACCGCUCUCCCCCCGAUAAAGAGCUUAUAUCUCAAGCUAAAGCACUGUGUCGAGAUUACAUCCAUUCCCGCCUGAUCCGGGCUGGUAUCGUCUGGAGUAAACCAGAGCCUGCAGUCUCUAGUCCAGCGAGCAAACUUACUGAGGUAUCAGCUGCACUCCUUCACUUGGGUGACGAGUUGGAGUACAUCAGACCAAAUGUCUACAGGAACAUUGCGAAACAGUUGAAUAUCUCGGUCAGUUCUGAAAGCAUUGUGUCAGAUGCAUUCCUGGCUGUGGCCACUGAGCUUUUUUCUGCAGGUAUAACCUGGGGGAAGGUGGUGGCCCUGUAUGCUGUAGCUGGAGGACUAGCCAUUGACUGUGUGAAGCAGGGGCAGCAUGCCAUGGUACACACGAUAGUCGAUUGCUUAGGAGAGUUUGUCCGGAAAACACUGGUGACAUGGCUUAAAAGGCGAGGUGGAUGGGCUGACAUUACAAAGUCUGUGGUUAACAAUGAUCCCAGCAUCCGGGAUCAUUGGCUUGUCUCUGUCCUCUGUACCUGUGGACAUUUCCUCAAAGCAAUCUUCUUUUUCCUGCUUCGUGAGCGAUGACUUUACGUGGUAAGAUGAGGCCACCGUGAACUGCCCCUUUCUAACACAAUAUAGAAUCCACAGCAUGCCUGAAUAAACAUCAGCAAUUGGAAGCAAACUCUGAACUUGGCAGGAUGGAAUAUGAAUCCUUUCAGAGUCAUCGUUGAACAGGGAACAUUUAGCUAAACAUACAGUGGAAAUUAUGACAUUAGAAUUCUACUGACCCUUCACCAAAUGGUCUCAGUUUCUAAGUAUGAAAAUUCUGAUCCGUGAGAUUUAAAGGAGAAGUCCCAGCUUGCUUGCAAGUGAAGCAUUCCUGUCUACAAGGGCUGCUGGCUUGAAGAAUCAAGGAUGAGCAGUAGUGAAUGUGUAGUUUAUUAAUUUCUUUUAAGCUGUCAUUCUGAUGGGUCCAUCUUUGAUUCAACAAAUUAGCUGCACGAUGACAAAAAUCCAGGGAAAUUCCUGUUUAAAAUAUAAGACAGAACAGUAACCCAGAUAUUGUCAAACAGUUGGCAGAUCUUUGGAAGGUCUUGUUACCCGAUUCUGCUGCUCUGUUGUAAUUUAGACCUAGCUUAACAUUUUUGUACAGCUUUAGGAAAAUAAGAAUUCUACUAUUCCAGUGUUUGUAGAAGUACUCUGGUUGCAGGCUUGUUACUAUGACUGUUUCUUCCCUAGAGCUGCAUGUCCCAGCUAAUGACUGUGAUGGAAGUAAUCUUUCCAGCACAAACCUUCUUGAUGUCACUGUAUCCUCCGUUAUCUCUGUCUUGAUCAUUUCAUAGCAUUUACCAGAAUUAGAUCUUAUUCCAGAAACCAUGCUUUUAUUCCAUAGUCUACCCUUCAAGUAUAAAUACAGACAUUGCCCCAAUGACCUCAUCCUUCCAUACAAAUUGUGUCCCAAAAAUUUAAUGGCACUGUGUCUGUUUUGAGGCACUAACCAGUCAAUAUAACAGGCAGGAAGUGUGCAUUCAUUCCAGGCCGCAACUGCCACGUUGAAGUUGACAUAAAAAAGGCAUCCAGAGCCACUCCUGAAAUAGGUAUUAGACCCUUUAUAUAUGCAGAUAGCAGGCCUAAUGCCUGUUUGAGGUGUGCACUGCAAGAUUGGGUUGCUCUGAGGCAGCUGGUGCCAGUCCACGUGCGAUCAGAAAAACCAGGUCUACAUGUAGCCAACCAGAGUUCCUUAAAAGGGACCUCUGCAUUCCACCACCAGAAAGGUAGGAUUUAAAAAAAUAUUUUCUUGAAUGUGAAGGUGCGUGGUGCCAGAGUACUCCUGUUCCCACUGGUUCCAAUCUCCUCACUCCUAUUCACAUCCCCUCCUGAGCGCCUACCUUUCCCCUUUAAGGACUUACGAGGGUCACUGCCAAGAAUACAGAGGCCUGAAAUUCCAAUCCUGUGCUGAGUGAGCUGCCUGGCCAUGCCUUGGCUGAUGUCUGCAGGCUCACCAAUCUCAUUUAUAUGGGGCCAGAGGCACAUUAUCAGGUGCAUUUCAAAUAAAUAACUGCCGAGACUUCCUAAACCUCUAUCGUGCCUUAAUGGGGAGGCUGUUUCAAGAAAUUGUAGUAUUUUGUCCUUGGGAGCACCCUAUGAAGUCCAGGACUGACUUCACUGAUUGUGAGAGGAGGCUCAUCAGGGGACCACUAGCUGAACAGGUUCAACUGAACUCACCGCAUAAAAAUUGAUUGCGUGGAACUGGUCUGAAGACAGAAAUGACACCUCUGAUUAAGAAUAUAACUGUUAUGGUUCAGGAUUUAUCCCAACAUUUUUAACUUGUGUUCACAGCGAGUAGAUCAAAAUCAGAAUUUCCUCUUAAUUCCAUGGGCGGAAGUAAAGAUCUGUUUUGUUGUAUCCCUGCCUGUUUUUUAUGACAAUGGUAUUUUCUGUUGGAGGUGAUGCCAGCGGUGUGAAGUGGGUGCCCCAAUACAAAGGCACUUUUAAAUAAGGUAGUAAUGAAUUGCUGAAAUAAUACCCCCAUUUUCAACAAUCACCUUCUCAUACCUGUUGAAAACUGGUGAACAGUAUUGCUAGGCACAGUAAAAAAGGCAGAAAUAAAUGAAAAACAUUAAUUUUGAACUGUUUUCCUCUACCCUUUCUGUCUUUUUGCCACGAUUAUUUCAUUGUGUACUUUCCCCUUCCAUUUUAGUACUCUAACCUAUUCAAAGGAUGUUACUAUGGAUUUCCCAUUGGGAAUUAUCCAUGAUGAAGAACAGCAGGUUAAAUAGGCACCACAGCAGGUAAAUGGCACCCACCUUUUUUAUUCUUUGAUGGGAUGCGGGCAAGGCCAGCAUUUGUUGUCCAUCCCUAAUUGCCCUUGAACUAAGUGGCUUGCUUGGCCAUUUCAGAGGGCAGUUAAGAGUCAACCACAUUGUUUUGGGCCUGAGUCAGACCAAGCAAGGAUAGCAGAUGUCUUUCCCUCAAGGACAUUAGUGAAUCAGAUAGGUUUUCACAACAAUCGAUGAUAGCUUCAUGGUCAACGUCACUGGGACUAGCUGUAUACCAGUACCAAUAUCCCCGUCCUAAAAUAUGCAGAUCAAGGCAUACUGACCUCAAGUCAAUUCAGGAGCAGGAUUUUAGAGGCUGCACCUUACCAGGGUGGCCAUCAAUAAGUUCUGCCUAUGUUGGAGCCUGACCUGCAACCCACUCCCACCUUAAGCAGCUCUGCCAGUGGCUGCAAAAAUCUCUACCACCCUGAAUUUAUAUGAUAUGGCGUUCCACAAUAAUUAGGCCUUAAAAAAGUCAUUGCACCUGAGACAUAUGCAGUAUCCAUUCUGUUCUUUCGUCAAUUCCAAAAGUCAGUGGACACAAUGUUGUCACACAAUUGUGUUCAGGCUAAAAGUAAUAGUCAAGUUUAUUUAUAAACAAGAAUUUUAUACAGAAACUGUAAUGGCAAGCUGAUGGUACAAAUGGAUAAUAAAUGUUGGCCUUGCCAGCAGUGCCCACAUCCCAUGAAUGAAUAAAAAAAUUGAGGCUAAUAAAGAUGGAAUAAGUUUACAAGAGUUUAAAUAUCUUCUUCAGAUCAUAUUUCACACAUAGCCGGAUAAUCUACAAGGCCUUUGGAAGCAGUAGUUUUUUUUCAUCCAGGCAAGGAUUUUAACUCCCAACUAGUUUCAAGUAGGAUGAAUGCAAAAUGCAUUUACAUGCUUACAUUUGAGGUUAGGUUAGCCCAAAGCUACUGGCCGUUAGUAAUUGUAAGCAAGGUGAGAUAUUAGCAAGCUAGAAUAUUAAUUGCUAGAUAGUGUAAUUAUAGGGUUAACUAGAUCAAAUUAAAAUAUUUGGGAAGAACCUGUGAAACCAUGAGAAAGAAGGUGGUGGCCAGUUACUACCUUGUCUGAGAAGUGGUGAUGGGAAGGAGUGGAACAAUAUCUUAAGAUAUGAGAGUAUAGACUUGCAGGACCAGCCUGACCAUUCAAGCAGCUGGAGUGCCCAGCGAACAAUAAACAAAGUUGAACUGUGCAAGAUUGUGGAGGCGACUCUCAUGACCCUAGGUGUACUCUCACAGUCACUGUACAUACUUAGAUUUUAACUUUGAAUACUAACUCUACCUUAAACCAUAUGCAUCAUACAGUAUAAUGAUGGAAUGCACCAGUAAACUGUAGGAACCCUAAAAAGAGUUUGCAUAGGGCUCCAUGUGUGGUCUGCGGAAUCAGUUUGCAAAAUCUCAAUGAGUUGUUUACUUGUGAUUAUACACCAGUACUGAUGGAAUGAGCACUGCUUAUGUUGGGUUUGUAUUGAUUUUACCAAUAAAGAGUAUUAAUCAAA